AUGGAAGGCCCUCAGGCAUCUACCGUUCUCAUUGGAGACAUCAACAUUGAUUACAGCUGUGAGAACUCUCCGAACGCACAACAUCUGCACCAAUUACUAUCCAGUAGCAAUCUUCGGAAUUAUGUCACCUCACCAACUCGUGUCACGAGCCACACUGCUUCAACCAUAGAUCUGUUUCUGUCAAAUACACCCAUUUUUGGUGCCUGUGAAACGAUUUACGGAGAUAUUAGCGACCAUUUCGCCAUCCUUGCACACUUGCCUGUAAACCAGACAGGGGUAAACCAAUCAUCACAACCCGGACAGAGUCGCCGUAUCCACACCAUCGACUGGGAGAAGUUUCAGACUGAUCUGUGUGUCCACUUUCAUCAGUUCCCUCGGAACGGCACGAUAAAUGACAUGACAGGUGCAUUCACGUCUGCUAUUAUGGAAACACCAGAUGAGCACGCCCCCUUGGUGGCGAGACGCAAGCGUGGUCGCCGUAUCUGUCCUUGGUUAACUGAGGAGUUGGUAUCUGCAGUACGACAUCGCAACAGGCUACACCAUCGACUCAUGAAGGAUCAAGCCAAUGAGGUGCUUCGUGAGCAACAUCGGCUCGCCAGAACUUUUGCCAGGAAGCUUGACCGAAAGCUUCGUAACCUGUACUUCGUAAACCAGUGCAACACACCUGAUCAGCGGAAACUUUGGUCAGCAAUGAACACAGUCACAGGGCGGCGGAAGGAACGUCAAAUACCUCAGGUUUCUGUUGAGGAUCUCGGCCAGGUCUUCGGUGAAAUUGUCAAUGACCCAAGCAGACCGCAGAAUCUGCACCCGCCACUUGGGCCAAUGCCAGCCAACAGUCUUCACGUCUUCAAACCUGUAAGUGUUGCAGAUGUUGAAAAGUGUCUUAAAGCUGUGGAUCCAUUCAAAGCUGCCGGCAGUGACUCUGUACCUGGAAUUGUCCUGCGGCAAUGUGCAAAUGUGCUUGCUCCACCACUUUCUUGUAUCAUUAAUAGUUCACUACAGAGUGGCGUUGUGCCCACCACGUUCAAGCACUCCCACAUCAGUCCCCUGCAUACAGCCGGAGACCGCUCAUCAGCCUGCAACUACAGACCUGUAUCCUUACUCCCUAUCGUUUCGCGUAUCCUAGAGCAGUUUGUGAAGAGACAGCUGACAGAAUAUCUGUACAGCAAUGAUUUAUACCCGAUGACUCAAUUUGCAUAUUGA